GGGAGCCCGCGGGCAGCGCCGCGCCGCGCCCCGGGGCCAUGCGGGGCCCGGCGGGGGCCGAGGGGGAGCCGCGGGACGAGAUGGAGAACGAGGAGGAGCUGUCAGAAGAAGAGGAUGGAGUGCUGGAAGGGCUGGAGGAAUUUUAUCCAGAGGAGCAGGUAACUGCGCAGAAGAAAAAGAAAUCCAAAAAGCUGAAAGAAAACAAGACUUCCAAAGUCAAGAGAAGGAAGAAAGAGGGGAGCAAUGAUGAAAUAUCUGAAAACGAAGAGGAACUGGAGGACAAAUCUGAGAGCGAAGGAAGUGACUAUUCGCCCAACAAAAAGAAGAAGAAGAAGCUCAAAGAAAAGAAAGAGAAAAAAGCCAAGCGGAAGAAGAAAGAUGAAGAGGAGGAUGAUAACGAGGAAGGAGGUUUAAAGGAGCCCAAGAGCUCAGCGCAGCUAAUGGAGGAAUGGGGCCUUGACGAUGUGGAUUAUAUGUUCUCAGAAGAAGAUUACCAUACUCUGACUAAUUACAAGGCUUUCAGUCAGUUUCUCAGGCCUCUCAUUGCCAAGAAGAACCCCAAAAUCCCCAUGUCCAAGAUGAUGACGGUGCUUGGUGCCAAAUGGCGAGAGUUCAGUGCCAACAACCCGUUCAAAGGCAGCUCGGCCGCGGCGGCAGCAGCUGCAGUGGCUGCAGCCGUGGAAACAGUCACCAUUGCACCCCAGCUUUCUGCCAGCCCUCAGCAGUCUGCUCUGCCCAUGGCCAUCAGGAAAGCGAAAACCAAGGAGGGCAAAGGUCCAGGAGUGCGGAAGAAAAUCAAGGGCUCCAAAGAUGGGAAGAAAAAGGGGAAGGGGAAAAAGAUGGCAGGCCUGAAAUUCCGGUUUGGAGGAAUCGCCAACAAAAGGAAAAAAGGCUCCUCAAGUGAAGAGGAGGAGCGGGAGGAGUCGGACUUUGACAGCGCCAGCAUCAACAGCUCUUCGGUGCGCUCCGAAUGCUCGGCAGGCUUGGGAAAGAGAGGGAAGAGGAGGAGAAAGAAAAAGAGGAUUGACGAAGGGGAUGGAUAUGAGACCGACCACCAGGAUUACUGCGAAGUCUGCCAGCAGGGAGGGGAGAUUAUCCUGUGCGACACUUGUCCUCGCGCCUAUCACCUCGUCUGCCUAGAUCCUGAGCUGGAGAAAGCGCCGGAGGGCAAGUGGAGCUGCCCUCACUGUGAGAAGGAAGGGAUCCAGUGGGAGCCGAAGGAAGAGGAGGAGGAGGAGGAGGAAGGAGGCGAAGAGGAGGAGGAUGAUCACAUGGAGUUUUGCCGUGUGUGUAAGGAUGGCGGGGAGCUGCUGUGCUGUGACACCUGCCCAUCUUCCUACCACCUGCAUUGUCUGAACCCGCCUCUGCCGGAAAUCCCAAACGGUGAAUGGCUCUGCCCGCGCUGUACAUGCCCUCCCUUAAAAGGCAAAGUCCAACGUAUCCUGCACUGGGUCUGGAGAGAGCCUCCUGCCCCCUUCCUGUCUGGGCUCCGUCCGCCUGACCUGGAGCUGUCUGUCCCUCCACCAAAGCCCCUGGAGGGGAUUCCGGAGCGGGAGUUCUUUGUGAAGUGGGCAGGACUCUCCUUCUGGCACUGCUCCUGGGUCAAAGAGCUGCAGCUGGAGCUCUACCACACCGUGAUGUACCGCAACUACCAAAGAAAGAACGACAUGGACGAGCCCCCGGCCUUCGACUACGGCUCCGGGGACGAGGACGGCAAAAGCGAGAAGCGGAAGAACAAAGACCCGCAGUACGUCAAGAUGGAGGAGAAGUACUAUCGCUACGGCAUCAAACCCGAGUGGAUGAUGAUUCACCGAAUCCUGAAUCACAGCUUUGAUAAAAAGGGAGAUGUCCAUUACCUGAUCAAGUGGAAAGAUUUACCCUACGACCAGUGUACCUGGGAGAUUGAUGACAUAGACAUCCCCUACUAUGAAAACCUGAAACAGAUUUACUGGAAUCACAGGGAGCUGAUGCUGGGGGAUGAUAUCCAACCGCCAAAGAGGCUGAACAAGAAAGGGAGAAAACUGAAGGAAGAAAAACUAGAAAAACCUCCAGAAACUCCUAUUGUUGAUCCUACAGUUAAAUUUGACAAGCAGCCAUGGUACAUUGAUGCAACAGGUGGCACCUUACAUCCUUACCAGCUGGAGGGACUGAACUGGCUGAGGUUUUCCUGGGCCCAGGGAACCGAUACGAUCCUUGCUGAUGAGAUGGGGCUUGGGAAGACGGUGCAGACCAUCGUGUUCCUGUACUCCCUGUACAAAGAGGGCCACUCGAAAGGGCCGUAUCUGGUUAGUGCCCCUCUCUCCACUAUUAUCAACUGGGAGCGAGAAUUUGAGAUGUGGGCACCUGACUUCUAUGUGGUGACCUACACGGGGGAUAAGGAAAGCCGGGCUGUGAUCCGAGAAAAUGAGUUCUCCUUUGAAGACAAUGCCAUCCGGAGCGGGAAGAAAGUUUUCCGAAUGAAAAAAGAAGCCCAGAUUAAAUUCCACGUCCUGCUCACAUCCUAUGAGCUGAUCACUAUUGAUCAGGCUGUUUUAGGCUCUAUAGAGUGGGCGUGUCUGGUGGUGGAUGAAGCUCACAGGCUGAAGAACAACCAGUCCAAAUUCUUUAGGGUAUUAAAUAGCUACAAGAUUGACUACAAGCUGCUGCUGACCGGAACGCCCCUCCAGAACAACUUAGAGGAGCUCUUUCACCUGCUCAAUUUCCUGACCCCGGAGAGGUUUAACAACCUGGAAGGAUUCCUGGAAGAGUUUGCUGACAUCUCCAAGGAGGACCAGAUAAAAAAACUCCAUGAUCUGUUGGGUCCCCAUAUGCUCCGGCGAUUGAAGGCAGAUGUGUUCAAGAACAUGCCUGCGAAAACGGAGCUGAUUGUGAGAGUGGAGCUCAGCCAGAUGCAGAAGAAGUAUUACAAGUUCAUCUUGACGAGGAAUUUUGAAGCCCUGAAUUCCAAAGGUGGUGGGAACCAGGUAUCGCUGCUCAAUAUCAUGAUGGAUUUGAAGAAGUGCUGUAAUCACCCGUACCUCUUCCCUGUGGCUGCUGUGGAGGCGCCGGUUUUGCCAAAUGGAUCCUAUGACGGGAAUUCUUUGGUUAAAUCUUCUGGGAAACUGAUGCUGCUGCAAAAGAUGCUGAAGAAGCUGCGAGAUGGGGGACACAGGGUCCUGAUCUUCUCCCAGAUGACGAAAAUGCUGGAUUUGCUGGAGGAUUUCCUGGAGUAUGAGGGUUACAAGUACGAGCGGAUCGAUGGAGGGAUCACGGGAGGCCUGCGCCAGGAAGCCAUCGACAGGUUUAAUGCUCCUGGUGCUCAGCAGUUCUGUUUUCUUCUCUCUACCCGAGCUGGGGGUCUGGGCAUAAACCUUGCAACGGCCGACACCGUCAUUAUUUAUGAUUCUGAUUGGAAUCCCCACAAUGACAUCCAGGCGUUCAGCAGAGCUCACCGCAUCGGACAGAACAAGAAGGUGAUGAUCUACCGCUUUGUGACGAGAGCCUCCGUGGAGGAGCGCAUCACCCAAGUGGCCAAGAGGAAGAUGAUGCUGACCCACUUGGUCGUCCGUCCAGGGCUGGGCUCCAAGUCGGGCUCCAUGACCAAGCAAGAGCUGGACGACAUUCUGAAGUUUGGGACGGAGGAGCUCUUCAAAGACGAUGUGGAAGGCAUGAUGUCGCAGGGCCAGCGGAUCACCAUGCCUGACCCUAUGACCCCCUUUCCCGAAGCACCGUCCUCCAAAGGGGGCGCCGUGACUCCCAGCAUGAAAAAGAAACAUGGCAGCACCCCGCCAGGGGACAAUAAGGACGUGGAGGACAGCAGUGUGAUCCACUAUGACGAUGCUGCCAUCUCCAAGCUUCUGGAUCGGAACCAGGACGCCACGGAUGACACGGAGCUGCAGAACAUGAACGAGUAUCUCAGCUCCUUUAAAGUGGCCCAGUAUGUGGUGCGAGAAGAGGACGGUGUGGAGGAGGUUGAGCGAGAGAUCAUCAAACAGGAGGAGAACGUGGACCCCGACUACUGGGAGAAGUUGCUCAGGCACCAUUAUGAGCAGCAGCAGGAAGAUCUGGCCAGGAACCUUGGCAAAGGGAAGAGGAUCCGCAAACAGGUCAAUUACAAUGAUGCCUCGCAAGAGGACCAAGAGUGGCAGGACGAGCUCUCCGAUAACCAGUCCGAAUACUCCAUCGGUUCCGAGGACGAAGAUGAAGACUUUGAAGAAAGACCCGAAGGUCAGAGUGGCAGGAGACAGUCACGGAGGCAACUGAAGAGCGACCGAGACAAGCCUCUGCCCCCUCUGCUGGCAAGAGUUGGGGGGAACAUUGAGGUGCUCGGAUUCAAUGCCCGGCAGCGCAAGGCCUUCCUAAACGCUAUCAUGCGGUGGGGCAUGCCGCCACAGGACGCGUUCAACUCUCACUGGCUGGUCCGAGACCUUCGCGGGAAAAGCGAGAAAGAGUUUAGGGCUUAUGUCUCUCUGUUUAUGAGACAUUUAUGUGAGCCUGGAGCCGAUGGGGCUGAAACCUUUGCGGACGGCGUUCCCCGCGAAGGGCUGUCGCGCCAGCACGUGCUGACGAGGAUAGGAGUUAUGUCACUAGUAAGGAAGAAGGUUCAGGAGUUUGAGCAUGUCAAUGGGAAGUACAGCACCCCUGAUCUGAUCCCGGAGGGGCCGGAGGGCAAGAAAUCCAGCGAGGUUGUCUCUUCUGAUCCAAACACCCCUGUCCCAGCCAGCCCAGCACAUAUGCAGACUGGACCAGCGGCACAGCCAGACAAAACAGAAAUACAGUUGGGGUUCCAAGAGGAAAAGGAACAAAUGGAGCCAAAGCCCAAGAAGCCAGCAGAGAGCCAGGGUCCAGCAAGUGCAGAGAAAGCCGAGAAUGAAGAAAACCAAGAAAGCUCCGGAAACGAGGAGAAACCGAGAGACGAGAAACAGGAAGAGAGCGAAAAGGCGGAGCCUUCGCCUGAGCGGCUGCCGGUGAGAGAUGAGGCAAUUCAGGAAAAAGAAAAGCCAUUGGAAAAGUCAGAAUUAAAUGCCUGCCAAGGUAAAGGGGAAGAUAAAGAGUACAAGCCAGAGGAUACCAAGGUGGACGAGAAGGAGCAGAGUGAGACUCAGCAAAAUGGUGAAAAAGAGGAAGAGGAGGAUGGGAAGAAGGAGGAUAAAAAUAUGAACUUUAGAUUCAUGUUCAACAUUGCUGAUGGUGGCUUUACAGGUAACCGGGUUUGGGGCUGACAGAGCAUCCCAGUCACUUUUCAAGUGUUUGCAAGCGAAAGCUGCACAAUCUUUGCACGGGUUUUCUGCAUAUUCAGU